AUGGCGUCGCCGCAUAACAGGCUGUUAGAUGAUGCCAUGGCCAAGUACGCCGCAAAGGAGUGGACCAUUCAAGAGCACUCGACGCCAGUCUAUGUCAACAAUAGCCAGGCGGACAUCUCCGAGUGCAUUCGGCUGUCAGAUCUUGAGAAGCAUGCUUGUCGUCGUGACCUUCCAAAGACAUGCGUGCUUGUAUUGGAUGCACACUACCAGAUCGCUGAGUUUGGGAACUUGCUUUCAGUAUGUGAACGUCUGUCAAAUCAGGACUAUUCAGCUUUACCGCCUAGACUACAGCCGUCGACGUCUUUGCCACACGGAGCUACCGUCUCUUACAUCAUUCACAAUCUGCAGGACGGGACCAUGGACGUUCUGCGGAUCAUCAGGUUCACGGCCAAGGUUGCUGCGAAGGAAGCAAAGGGCUUCUGCACCGGGCUUCCAUUGUUCUUCGCUUACCGCGAGGGACCGUGGAGCUGGAAGAAGGCAGUCCAUGCUCUCCUUGGCCGUCUUCCGGGACAUCAUGUCGUUUGGUGGACUCUUUGUGAAAAGGAACUCAAGCGUGCCCAAUCCACAGCAUGGACCGCUUCCGAUGACGAGCUUGUCAAAGGCGUUGACUUCGUGAACAAGAAUGCCCCAGAAGACGAUUCGGAGAACCAGCAAUACCUGUGGAUCUUGACGAACAUCAAGGCGGACAGUGGCUCGCCAAUUGCGGGCUGGCCGGAGGGCAAGAUCAUCCGGAUGGCUCAGAAUAAAAGUCGUGCGAAUGUAGGAGCAUCUUCGUGCCGCUUCUUCCCAAUGACCACCAAGAGUAUGAAGCCAUUCAUGGGAGAGUUUCUCUUCCCCUUGUUUGCACCCUUACUGACUAGCUUCGGAAUUGUGACCAUCGGAUGGCCGGGAGUUGGGAAGACUCCUCUGCUCAUCAUUCUCGCUCUGGCCAUCGGCAGGUAUCACAUCAAUCGCCUGGAACUGAGGGCCAAGGCCAUGGAUAACUUCAGGCAUCGCAAUGCACAGAUCCACGAGGGCUUGAUACUAGAUGAUCCCAACAUGGACAAAAUGGAGCCCGCGGAUGUCAAAUCGUGGCUAACUUCUGAAGAAGAUCAGAACUGUUCGGGUCGGUACACGGAUGUGAAGCUCGUCGCCAACGGCCUUCGGGCCUUAGCUGCAAACGACUUUGUACCUGAAGACGAACCACUCCCGGACAAACACCAUACCUCCAUCGAGCCAAAAGAGUUCUUCAAUCUCGUCAAGAAAUUCUUCGUAGGCUACAAGGAGGCCGACAUGAUGGCUGUUUUGAAACGUUGCAUCAUGUUCAUCUUCGGCAAGCGUACAACCUAUCUUCGUCUGCCUUCCCAGGAUCGCAAUGCCCUUAUCCACUGCAUUCGAGUAGAUGACCUGCACGAAGAUCUGUUCACACCGCGAGACAAGGACUUCUACGCCAAGUACAAAGUUGGCAUCCAUGAGCCGCCUCCUACAUUCGAGGCAGACAUUGCCAAGGAGCAGGAACUCCUGCUUCAGGGCAUAGAGUCUAUGCAGACGGCCGGUCGUCCAGAAACUUACAUGGCCGAAAUCAAUCAAAAGAUUGCGGACAAGAUCGGCUCUUUGACUCGCGCAUCCACUGCAGUGCAUCUUCCUGCUUCGCCAUCCACCGACGAGGAGACCGCAGUCCCAGUUCCUUUCCCAGAAGCUCUGCCCGUGGCUUGCGUCAAUCCUCCUGGGCGAAUGGGCCAGUUCCAAUAUCCUCCUCCAAAGCGUCGCCUCACCAGCAAGACUUCCAUGACCUCCGAGAUCGGGGAGAAUUUGGAGACACCCACCCACAUUGCGGGGGGCAUGGCAUCCUCGACGAUGGAACCUCCGGCAACGGCUUGCGAUGACGAUCCUGAUGAGCAAGCAGCCCGUGACAUGCACAACUGCUCCCGUGUCGCCAUGAAACGUCCGUCCGCCGCCACAAGCCGGAAACGUCCAUCAGCCUUCGCUCGCAGCUCUCACCGGAAAGCUUGUGUCAAGGAUCAAAAAGUUCUCAAGACCUACACCUUCCCUGGUGACGACUGCCCUAUGUGCGGUAAGCGACUCUAUGCCAGAACGGACAAGAACGUGAAGGCUAUUCUCAUUGGGGGAGAAACCAUUGCGAAUGUACAGACAUCGUCCAAGGUCUGUAACCGCUGCAGAAACACUGCACGUUACAACAUGUUCACGAUCGGCAAGGAGCUCCUGAAUUGCCUUUCGCUCGACCAAAUGAAGGAUGCCGGCGUCCUCUUUAUUACUUCCAAGACUGCCUUCACCAUUCCGUAUUUGGAGAUGACCUACCUUCGUCUUUUACGAGGCAAACUCUCCCCGGGACAAGAAGGUGCUGUCAUGCAUUUGUAUCAUAAGACGGACAAUCGGCUUCCGUCUUCCCGACGUCUGCGCGAGCUCCUAUUGCGAGCACUGGAGGCAUAUGCAGUGGCACGACGAUCUCCCUCGGUGCCUCUGCAGUUCAACCUCGGAUACCCGGCCAGUCACAUCGUGAAAUUGAACAAAGUCUUGACCUUUCCUCCCACUCAGACUGUCAAUGCCAUCUCGUUCGACGGUCACUUCGGGCUCCACAGAAACCUCUCCAAAUGCGAUGCUCCACGGACAGUAAAGCUUAAAGGUCAUCCCAUGAAGCUCAAGCUGUUGAAGGACGACGAACGCAGUUGUUCUUGCAAGCGGAAGGAUGUUGGUCGAGCAGCCCUACCUCAGCGGACCGCAGGUUGGCAUUUCGCCGUCGACCCAGACUCAAGACGAGUGCUAGGAGCGGUAGAGCAUGUGCAGAACGAGUGCAAUGCUGACAAAAUCACUCUCCUGAAGCCAGUUCUGAGUAUGCAGAAUGUCACAGCCACUCUGCUGAUCCAUGAUGACAUGUGCCAUUUUGAAACUUUCGCCAAGAAGCACCAUGCGAAGCUUGUCGCAAAUGUGCGGCAUUUCGUGAUCGAUGCGUUUCAUUGCCCCAACCACACGUGCGCAAAGCGGGUGUGGACAGCCGCCGAGAAAAAGCGGUGCAAGAAUGUCCGGACCAAUGUUUCUGAAAGCUUUAAUGCAUGGGUCCGCGGGCUCAAUUUCUUUGUAAACAAUCUUCGACCACUGUCACAUAGGUUUUGGGUCGAGGAGAUGUGUCGUUUCUACAACGACAAUUUGCAGUCUGUGCCGAUCAGGAUCCGCAGACGGACUAAUGUUUUGGGGCGGGCCCGCAAGGUGCUGAAGCGCCCGUCGGCUGUCCGUGCUCGAAAGAACAACUAG